UCCUCGGCACGACUUUCGCAUUGCGAGAUAUUUACAUUCCUUCAUCUUGAUCACAAGGUGACUAGUACUUGCAGUCGACCUGCACAGAAAAACUUUGGUUCAGCUUGUCCUUGAAGGACAUUGUCGACUAUAAUCAUGGGCAUAGCUUUGCCCGAAGCUGAGCUUAUAGCAGUAUUCCUAGAGACUUUGUUUUACGGCGUGUUCUUCACUUUGUACUGGUCGACGCUGGUCAUACUGCUCAAGAAAGGUGGUAUUCAACGGGACCUCCUUAUCCCAGUAGCAACCUUGCUACUCUGCAUUGCAACGGCCCAUCUAAUUAUCGAUUUAGUUCGAGUGCUAGAAGCGUUCAUAUUCAGUGCGCCUACAAUCGGUGCGGAUGCCUACUACUCCAACCUCGCUUCACCGUUGGAACUCGCAAAAACCGCACUUUAUGUCACGCAGCCCACUGUCGCUGAUGCUGUCCUUGUUUGGCGGUGCUACGUGCUCAACAAUAGAAGCCUCUUGGUUGGCAUUCCUGGUUGUAUUGUGCUGUUAACUAAUGGGGCGAUUGGAUACUAUGUUGUCUGGUGCCUUUCUCAAGCCGGCGUAGGGUCGACUGUUUACACCAUCGCUCCUGGGUUUAUCACGACUUUCUAUGUAUUGACCAUGCUUAUCAGUGUUAUUUGCACUACUUUGAUUUCCUGGCGCAUCUAUCACAGUCGCCGUUCCAUGUCAGACAACCCUGUUCUUCUACCCGUUUUGAUUGUCGUCAUCGAAAGCGGUGCUUUAUAUGCCACCAGUGUCCUUGCGCUCCUUCUAGCAUUCUUGACGGGAUCAAACUGGCCAAUACCCCGCGAUGGAUAUCGCCCCUCCUAUCGUGGGGAUCGUAUUCUGUCUCAUCAUCCUGCAAGUACACUUCCAUGUAGGUAACAACUCCCAACUCCCGGGAUCCUUCACCAGUCUCUUUGGAGAGCGAGGAGAACAGAAUGUGGGCCACAGCAUGGAACCGAUGAUUGCACAUCACCGAGGAGACCGAGAUCAUUCAGUUUGACGUGAUGCGCAGCCGAUUAUUCUCAGGAGAUGACUGCCAAGUAUUCUAGAUGAGACUAUUUUUCUACUUUUCCGCAGGCGUAUUGGAAAUUCUAGAACUAUGGCUAAUUCAUUAUAGUUGGGUUUUAUGGAUCAUUUUCAAAAUGUGCCGAAUAGAUUACAUUUUUGCUGAACAGGAUUUAUAGGUAAGCUUGUAUAAAGCUGGCAAGGCAUUGACGCAUUGA